UCAGGUUAACUCUCUCUCUGUAAAACACCAAAAUCCUUCACCCCUCUCACAACCGAACCUACAUCUGAAGGAACAUCUACUUACAACAUUGAAGGAACAUCUGAAGGAAGAUUACUACCAGUUUCAAGUUUGUAGCGGCCAUCAUCUUCGAUUCCAUCUAGCGAGCACUGAUCGUUGAUUCCCUUUCCACUUGGAGCAAAUUGGAGUUGUUGGGGUUGUUACAAGAUGCAUUAGGAGUUCUAAACCAGGACCUAGAUAUGGGAGAAACAUUAGAAACAGAACAGCCGAAUAUUGAUGCAGAAAAAUUCUACAAUUUAAUAAAUGAUUCGAAGCAGCCCCUUUAUCUAGAUUGCCCGCACAUAUGGUUUAGGAGUUACACAAGCUGAUUUGUGGGGUGACAUACCAAGUCUUUCAACAUGUUUUCGCUUGGUUAUGGAACAAAGCGGUGCGAUGUCAAAAAUGGAGCGAAGAAUUCAGCAACUAGAAUCAAUUCAACAAGGAAGAUCACAAGGACAAAGUUCGCCAUCUCAGCAAAGAUCUACUUCACAAUCGUCAAAUGCUAUUCUUCGGCCAAUAAAGGUUGGGGACAAAGUUACAAUAAGAAGCAUGGUUGAUUCGAACAAAAUUUGUGCUAUUGGAGUGGUUAGAAAUUUGGAUCGGACUGCUGAAGUUGGUGACACACCUUUGGGAUCACAUUGGUGUGAAAUCCAUGUGAAUGUGCCUGUGGAGAAUGAUGAAGAGCUAAUGAGGCCAUAUCAUAAUUUUCGCAAGAUUGGAGAUGCAAUUGGAGUAGCUAUUGCUUGGCCAAUAAACCUGGUGAAUCUUGAAGAAAACUAAAGGAUCCUUAGGUUAAAUGGCUAUUUUUUGAAGACAUUGUCAAUGCUUUUUUUGUUGAGUUCUUGUUGAACUAUUGCUUCUUUGA